AUGGCGUCCGCCGAAAGCCUACCCACCUCCGUUGAGGCUCUUACUUUGCAGUCGACUGCUUCGACCUCCAAGUUCCCCGGCUGCUUUCCCACCUUGAACCCUGUCGAUAUCUACCGCGAGCACAUCUCGGAGGAAUUGGGCAAGGUCGCCGAUGUUGACCCGGCCAUUAUCUACACUCGUCUGCAAUGGACCAACACUCUGGACAAGGGCGAUCUGACCCUGGCAGUUCCCUCUCUCCAGAUUAAGAAGAAGAACCCUAUGGAAUUAUGCAAGGAAUUGGCCGACAAGUUCCCCGACUCCGACCUCGUCCACAAGCCCACCGCUAGCGGCCCUCAAUUGCAGUUCUUCUUCAAGGGCCAGCCCCUUAUCCAGACUGUCCUUAGCCGCGUUCUAGCCGAGAAGGCCGCCUACGGUACCAACGGCAACCAAGGUCUGAAGGACCCCUCCGACCCCUCCAAGGGCAAGAAGAAGAUUAUCAUUGAGUUCUCUUCACCCAACAUUGCCAAGCCCUUCCACGCCGGUCACCUGCGCAGUACCAUCAUUGGUGGUUUCCUCGCGAACCUUUACACUGUCAUGGGAUGGGAUGUGAUCAAGAUGAACUACCUCGGUGACUGGGGUAAGCAGUACGGUCUGCUGGCCAACGGUUUCGAGUACUUUGGUAACGAGGAGGCUCUCCAAAAGGACCCCAUCAACCACCUUUUCGAUGUCUACGUCAAGGUCAACAAGAUCGUCAAGGACCAGGAGGAGCCCAUCAAUGACCUGAAGAAGCAGAUCAAGGAGAAGAAGGAGAAGAGCGAGGAUGUUUCCGCCCUGGAGGCCGAGCUCGCCAAGCUUGUGGAAGUUAGCGAGGACGAGAAGGCGCGUCGUUACUUCAAGAGCAUGGAGGAUCAAGACCCCUCGGCUCUCGCUCUAUGGCGCCGCUUCCGUGAUCUCAGUAUCGCCAAGUACAAGCAGACCUAUGCUCGUCUGAACAUUGACUUCGAUGUCUACUCUGGAGAGUCGCAAGUUAAGGCUGAGAGCAUGACCAAGGCUUACAAGUCCAUGAAGGAGGCCGGUGUCGCCGAGGACUCCGAGGGCGCCGUCAUUGCCGAUUUCACCAAGCACGGCGCUAAGAAGCUUGGCAAGGCCAUCAUCAUCCGCAAGGACGGCACUCCUCUCUACUUGACCCGUGAUAUUGGUGCCAUCACCGAGCGUGAUGAUACCUACCACUUUGACAAGAUGAUCUACGUUGUUGCUUCUCAGCAGGAUCUGCAUCUGGCACAGCUUUUCAAGAUCACCGAGCUGUCCGGCCACAAGGACCUGGCCAGCCGUUGCCAGCAUAUCAACUUCGGUAUGGUCCACGGUAUGUCCACCCGCAAGGGUACGGUGAAGUUCCUUGACGAUAUCCUGCGCGAUGUCGGCGACAAGAUGCACGAGGUGAUGAAGAAGAACGAUGCCAAAUACGCACAGGUCGAGAACCCCGUGCAGACAGCCGAUACUCUCGGUAUCACUGCCGUCAUGGUCCAGGAUAUGACCGGCAAGCGUGUCAACGGCUACACCUUCAACCUGGAGGCCAUGACCUCCUUCGAGGGUGACACAGGCCCAUACCUGCAAUACGCCCACGCUCGUCUCUGCUCCAUGACUCGCAAGUCCGAGUUGAACGUGGACGAGCUCCCCAGCGCCAACUUUGACAUCCUGACCGAGCAGCACGCGACCGAUCUGUGCCGUCUGCUCGCCCAGUGGCCCGACGUUCUUCUGAACACUGCUAAGACCCAGGAACCCGUUACUGUCCUCAGCUACCUGUUCCGCAUGACGCACAUGCUGAGCUCCAGCUACGACGUGCUGAAGGUGAUUGGCAGCGAGCCGGAGACGAAGAAGGCCCGUAUGGCUCUGUACGCUGCUGCGCGCCAGGUGCUGAACAACGGCAUGCGCAUUCUGGGACUGAACCCGGUGCAGCGUAUGUAA